ACCGAAGCUAAGCGCCCGCGAAGGGUAAAAUGGCGACGCGUCCUCAGUAUCCCGGCACACCGCCUCCUCCAGGAGCACCCAAUACGGGCCCUCAAAGGUACCCUGGGCCUCCUCAAGGGACCCAGGGGACGCCUAUGAGGUAUCCGCAACAAAGUUAUCCCCAGAUGAACGUACAACGACCACAGUACCCUCCUGUAGGAAUGGGUGGGCCUGGCGGCACCCCAGCAGGAGGCAUGCAACGUCCUCCUGGACCCGGUCCCCAGCAAUAUUCAGGAGGAAUGGUUAGGCAGACUGUUCCAUCAACUCCGGGCUCUAAGCGUCCAGCUUCUUCAGGCUCUUCCAAAGGUGGUGGUGGAGGAGGGGCAGGCGGCGGUAAUCAGCCUCCAAGUUCUGGGCAAGGUGCUUCUGGUGACUAUCAUGGCAGCUCAAAGAAGAAGAAGAAGCUUGCCGAAAAGAUACUACCACAAAAGGUGCGUGAUCUGGUUCCUGAGAGUCAGGCGUACAUGGAUCUGUUGGCAUUUGAGCGAAAGUUAGAUGCUACGAUCAUGAGGAAGAGACUAGACAUCCAGGAAGCCCUGAAAAGACCAAUGAAAGUCAAGAAAAAGCUCCGAAUAUUCAUUUCCAACACCUUUUAUCCAGCGCGAGCAGAAGGCACUGAAGGAGACGAUGCCUCGGUGGCCUCGUGGGAACUGCGUGUAGAAGGAAGACUGUUGGAAGAUCACAAGAAUGAUCCGAGCAAGUUGAAGCGGAAGUUUUCGUCCUUUUUCAAGUCGCUGGUCAUCGAACUAGAUAAAGACUUGUAUGGGCCAGACAACCACCUGGUGGAGUGGCAUCGAACUACAACUACUCAAGAAACUGAUGGUUUUCAGGUUAAACGCCCUGGGGACAAGAAUGUCCGUUGCACAAUUUUGCUAUUGCUUGAUUACCAGCCGCACCAGUUCAAAUUAGACCCAAGGUUAGCUCGUCUCUUGGGCGUUCACACACAGACGAGGCCCGUAAUAAUAACGGCGUUGUGGCAGUACAUCAAAACGCACAAAUUGCAAGAUGCUCACGAGAGGGAGUAUAUCAACUGCGAUAAAUACUUAGAACAGAUUUUUGGUGUUCCGAGGAUGAAGUUUGCUGAAAUUCCUGGUCGGUUAAGUCAGCUCCUAUUUCCCCCUGAUCCAAUCAUCAUUAACCACACUAUAUCUGUCGAAGGUGCAGACCAGAAAAAAACAUCCUGCUACGACAUUGAUGUGGAAGUUGACGAUAAUUUGAAGACACAGAUGAAUAAUUUCCUGCUGAGUACGAACAGCCAACAGGAUAUCCAGACGUUGGACACCAAAAUUCAUGAAACUGUUGAGACAAUCAACUCUCUGAAAACUAAUAGGGAAUUCUACCUGUCCUUUGCCAAAGAUCCCCAGCAGUUUAUACAGAAGUGGCUCAUAUCACAGAACCGUGAUUUGAAGACGAUGACGGACGUUGUUGGCAACCCAGAGGAAGAAAGAAGAGCUCAGUACUACUAUCAACCUUGGACACACGAAGCCGUCAAUCGUUACUUCUAUUCCAAGAUUCAGCAGAAACGAGCAGAACUGGAACAGGCUUUAGGAAUCAGAAACACUUAGAUAUUUCCCAUUGGGCUUCAAAUGUUUGUUGCCAGUUUUACUUUUCUAUUUUUGUUUUGUGGAUAGGGAACUGCUAGGCCAAUCUUGCCCCAUAGGGACGGGUAACCCGGCAAUUUUGCAGUUUCUCAGGAGCAAGAGUGAAGACAAAUGUCUAAAGUCAUUUUUGCCUUGAAAGAUGAAGAGUAUGCCAAGCAUAGUCACAUACCAGAGAAAUGAUGUACAGUACCUGAAAGUUUGACUAUUCACGUUGUAAAAUUCAUAACUUGGAAAAAUGAUGUCAGUAGUUUUAUCAGAAUAUUUCCUGCCUGUUUAUACUUUUUAAUGUUUAUUUAAUUUUUGUAUCACCUUUGCUGUAUGAUAUUGGUAUUACAGAUACAGAUAAUGGUUUUGUGAUGGCUGAAUGAUUUAAGAUCUUGACCAGAAUUGGCCGUUCACAAAAAAAAUCACAAACCUUUACUGCUAAUGGAAGUGUGUUCCCUCGUUUCAUAUCAUUGAAAUAUGAAUGGCUUUUGUAAAUACAAGUAUUCCAAACCUUCUCCCAGUAUUUAGAUUCAGAGAUGGUAACAUCUUUUAAUGGGUAUUUUUGUUUGUCAUCGUACAUGAUAACUCAACUAUUGUAAAUAUAGAUAUAACAAAUCAUCAACACAUGUCUGUUGAGUAGUUCUUUGUCAGAAGCACUGCAACCAGUUUACUUAGUAAGUUCAUUGAUCUUUCAGGACAAGAAUUCAUUUAUGCUGGAGACCUUUUUAGAACUAUUGGCUUGCUAGCUCCUGGUGUUAUGAACUUCUGUUGCUUCAAAGUGAUUACUAUUGGCAAAGGAAGUUUUUUUGAGAGAAAAAUGGAAAACAGAAAGUUGAGUAAACAAUUUUGCACUUGGGAGAUCUGAUAGAUAUCCAUUGUUUCCACAAGAUAAAUUGUGAGCUUACUUCAGUAGAUUGAAAAUCUGUAAGUAUAAAAGGGAUGACACAUUGGUCGUACGUUUAUUUUGUACUUGUGACAAAAGUCAUAUGAUUAGCGUUUUAAGUCUCAUAUGUAGUGUAGCUGUAUUUUGAAAUUAAAAUAAAUAUUUUUUUCUUUGAA